AUGGGACUUCGGCCUGGGAAUUGCUCUCCCCAUAUAUACAUGGAUGCUACAGUUUACUUCACAAUUUUCUGUUGUAUUUGGCUUGUGUUUUUCUUUUUUUUUAAAAAAUUUUUCACUCAAAUUUCUUUUUAA